GCUGCCCCAGCGGUGUGUGCGCGCGGCCGCGGCUCCCCGGCGAUGGGUUCACCGUCCACUCGCUGGGCCGCUGCCACCGGGAGCCCGGGCCGAGCGGUGCCGCCGCCGCCAGCCGGCGAGAGCCGCGACCAGCCGGUGAACUAUUUCUGGGGCAUUCCCUUCUGCCCCGCUGGGCUGGAUCCCGACCAGUACACCCGCGUCCUGCUGUGCCAGCUACAGGCGUAUGAACGCUGCCUGAAGCGGGCGCAGAGCCGCUCCCUGACCAAGGCCCACUUCGGGCCGCCGUUGCUGCCCGGGCCCGGGCCCGGCUCGGCCCUGUCUCGCCACGGCCACGGAGCGCAGCUGGACAAGGCCGACUUGGCCGCGGGGGACAAGGAAGUGAUGAAAACUCGCCCGGACGCCGGCGGUGGUCGGACACAGUCAUUAAAUGUUUGUGCUGAAGAAAUCCUGAAGGAUGGUGGAGAAGAGAACAGUGAACAAGGAGAGUGUGAUGACACCAGACGGUUUGGUUCCUCUGCCAACCAUGAUCAUCACCUGGAAGAUGAUGUGCUGUUUAUUGAUACAGCUGCAUCUGCCACCACCCGAAGAGGUCAAAGAGAUCCUGAAGCUCCUGACAUGCAUGAAGAGACGCAACAAAGCUUAUCUGAAGAGAUACAUCCGGAGGGUGAACGUCCUCAAGGAUCUGACAAUGACUCGACUCCGGAGCCUGAGGACCUACUGUUGAUAGAAGAUGAAGCUGAGGAAUUUGCCACCAUCUCGCCAUCCAAGAAACCUGCUGUUGAGUGUCCGAUUUGUGGUCAGCCGUUCCCGUUAGAGAAGAUAGAGGUGCAUGCGGCUGAUUGUAACGGUGCCUGUGAUGGAGGAAGUGAGCUGCAAGUGCAGACACGCAGCCACACACGCAAAGUGGCGAGAAAGAACUGCACAGCAGGAUCCAAUCUAUCAACACUGAGACUGAGAAAGGCAGGAGGACGGAGGAACUUGGGGCAGUCAAUGGAAGCGUCUUUGAGACCAGUCAGUGCUACAGUCGAAGAGGUGCUGAAGAUGAAAACUGCAGGCUGAGUGGAAGGAAUGUGCUGGGUUCCUUGUCUCGGAAUUGUUUCUGCUCCAGCCCAACCCAGAGGCCGAGUGAGUACGCCUCUGCUCCCCAGGAUUCGGGCACCGCAUUUGCUAUGGGCCCAAUGUAAAUAAUUUCAUUAAAAGUCACUUUCAUA